AAUCAUGAACACCAGAGAUUUUGUAGUUGUUCCCUGGGGAAAACCUGGAAAUUCUGUCAAGCUAAAAUAUAAACAUACUCAGGAACUGCGCAUGGAGAAAAUACAGUUAGAACUGGAGAACCAAGAAAUGCAAAAAAAAUUACAAGAAUUCCAGUCUACGUGGAACAAGGGAAAAGAAGAAAUGAGGUCAAGUGGAUAUCACUGGAAAUCUGGAAACAGGGGCAAAUUGGGUCAUCAGUCACACGUAAUGUCACAGAACAGAGGAAAUGCUAUUAAGUUUUCUGCUGGAAAUUUGAAAUUAAAGUUACUGAAGGAACAGAUUCAAGAGCCAGCAAAACCACCACUUAAUUAUAAAAUGGCAAGUGCUUUUGGAAGUGAGAAGUCCAAGAUGAAAAGGAAACUCUGUGGACAGUGUGAAAACCAAGCUGCCCUCCUUGUAUGCCUGGAAUGUGGUGAAGAUUAUUGCUCAGGGUGCUUUUCCAAAAUGCACCAGAAGGGGGCGAUGAAGUUACACAGAACAACUCUCCUACAGGCAAAAUCUCAAAUGCUAUCCAGCGUGUUAGACGUUGCUCACCAAUUUAUAAAGGAAGCAAAUCCACCUCAAGGAGGGAAUACUUCCACAGAAGAUUCUAAUAGACAUCACCAUAAACAGAAAUCCCUGCUUGUGCCAGGGAGCAUCUCUGAGGUAGAAGCCAUAGCAACAGAAGGAGUGGAAUGUGGGAGUCCAGGAGACAGAACCUUGUGUGAAAGGUCAUUUGAUAAAGAAACACCUGCCCAGUCCUUUGCGGACGCUGUGAGUCAGUGGACAACUAGUGAAGUCAGUGGAGAUCUGGAGGAAAAGAAGCAACAGAACUUACAUGCAGCAAAACCAGACUCGGUGGAAGAAUGUGAAGUACAAACUAAUUUGAAAAUUUGGACAGAACCAAUUAAUAUCGAAUUUACAGAAGAUAGUCUAUCUUACAUGGAAAAAUUAUGGCUCAAGAAGUACAGAAGAACUCCACAGGAACAACUUCGCAGCUUGCUACCAGAUACACUCACACAUUCCCAUGCAACCACUAGCGAGACACAGCGCUCUCAGAAUGAAAAUGCCGAUGAUAGUGAUGUGGAGGAGACCAAAGUAAAAUAUCCACCUCUUUUUAUGCCAACGGAAAAACUGACUAUAGAAAGACCUCAGCCAUCUCUAACGAUAGUAGAAUUGGAUGGUACUAAUGAAGCAGAAUUUGAAGAACCAGGGAGCAUUGUGCCUUAUAGAGUUGAGCUAGCUGAUGCAGAGAGUCAAUUAAGUUCUACAUUUCCUGAUUAUCAGAAGAAUUGCUUUUCAUGUGAAAAUGACUUCUAUCAGCAUCUUGUUUUCAACAAGGGAAAAACAGACCUUUUGAGUCUUUGCCUGACAAAUAGCUCUACAUAUUAUAAGGAUGAUUUUAAAGCUAGAAAUUCAAAUACAGAUUCUGACGAUAUUGUGGAUUCUGAAAUUUCUCAUGAGUUUGGAAAAAUACAGGAAAGCAGUUCUUUUGAAAGAAAUGUAAAAGAGAAAAACAUAGAUCCAGAAAAUGGCCCCAAGUCUGAUGAUUCCUGCAUGCCUCUUGGGAGUAAAGAUUCCUCAUUGUCUACAGAUUUAGUUACAUCUUCCAUUCCGGAGGAUUUAUUUCAAAACACCCCACAAUCUGUGGAAUGCAACCAUCUGUGUGAGAGUCCAAACUUUAUAGAUUCAAAAACUACAAAGUCACUGCUGUUGUUACGAGAAAUAGCCCUCAGGAAAAAACCUGUAAAUGAACGGUACCAAGGACUUGAGAAGUUCUUUAUUGUUGGUAAAAAUGAAGGACUUAAUGUUCUUCCUUCAGCAAAUAUAGGAUGCAGCCGUUCCUGUUCCGAGAUAACCUUUGCAGAUGACAGAGUAUGGAUCCCAGGCAGCAGCUUAACUGAGCAUGCUGUAGAUGCGGGUACCAUGUGUGAUCUACAGUGUGAUGAGAUGCCACCUCCAAGUGUGCAACACCAGAAGACAGGCCAGAAAUCACAGAGACCAUCAACAGUAAAUUUGCCAGUUCAUAAGUCUAUCCAAAAAGGUUCCAACUUUCUUUCACCCCCCUAUUCUCGAGCAAGAAGUGCAGCUGCUCAGUCCCAAUUCAGAGCUGCUUCAGAAAUUUCAGAAAUUGAAUAUGUUGACAUCGCUGACCAGAAUGAACCCUUCUUAGAUAAUGCUGCUGAUCAACAAACUCUAGACAGUGUGGAGAAAGAAUUAAAUGUGCUGGGGAAUCUUGAAGAUCCUUCAGAAAAACUUCACAGUCUAACCUCAGAAGAGUCACCAUCUUUCAAGCACCAUUUGGUGAAUUUAAGUGAGAUGUCCACAGACUUCCUUAACACCUCAUGUGUGAAGGGUCCCUAUGGAGCUGAGGAGCUGAGCUCCUCUAAAAGAGAUUCCACAGUGCAGUCGUUGCUGUCACUUGAUGAUUACAGAACAGAUGAGGAGGAAGAAGAUUUUCUGGACAAGCAACAUGUUGUUACACUGCCGUGGGCAAAGAGCAUUUCAUAGCCAUUCACUCAUGACUUUCCCAUUUUGUACCCGGAAUAAACCA